CAAGAUGUAUCUCUUUCAAAGUACUUUCACAUUGAUAGUUCUAGGUAUUUCUUGCAUUGAAGCUGUAAAAUCUCCAACAUUCAGUAAUACUUAUAUGGUAAAAGGGACUCUAUAUAUCCCAUAUGCUGAAAUUCGUGAACCAUUUUACGCAUGGUAUGAUGGUUCAAGUGGAUCUAGUAGAAUUGAUUAUUAUGGAGGAAUGGUCAAGACUUUCCAAUUAUCACAUAAAGGAUCGUAUGGAAAAAGUAUGAAAAUAGCUCCCAUCACAACAGAAACAGCACUAAAUCAAGAAACAUGUCUGGAAGUAAAUGGUACUAAAGAAAUGAAAGUGCAACCCCAAGCUAUUAUUCCUGACACAACUGGAAUGGAGUGUAUCGGAGAAGAGGUGGUAAAUGGAUUGCUGUGUGAAAAGUGGAGGCUGGUACAAGAGAUUCAGGCAAAAACAAACAAAUAUAUACUUUGGAUACGAUAUAAGAAAUCACCACGUAUACCAGGGUUGAAAGAACCAAUUCCUGUAAAAUAUGAAAUGAAAGGAUUUAACAGUCUGUUAGGCUCUCAUUACGAUCAUUACUAUCUGGAUUACGAUUGGUUUUCUUCAGAGAAGCCCAGCUCCGAAGUAUUUGAAAUUGCAGAAAAUGUAACAUGUGUUAGCUUCCCUGGACCAGGAGAAAAGCACAUAUACACAUUCAAUCCUAUACGCGAAUUUGUCCACAAUUAUGAUGCUCAUGUAAAUGAAGCAUUUGAAGAUUUUAUGAAAGCGCAUGGAAGAGAAUAUACAAAUCAUGUUGAGCAUAUAACACGCAAAGAAGUGUUUAGACAAAAUUUAAGAUUUAUCCAUUCAAUUAAUCGAGCUAAUAGAGGUUAUCAGUUAAAUGUUAAUUAUUUGGUGGACCGUACAGAUGUAGAAUUAAUGGCAUUACGUGGUAAGCAAUACACUAAAGGCUAUAAUGGAGGACAGCCUUUCCCCUAUGAUGUUGAAAAAGAACAGGAAAAUAUUCCAGACUCUAUAGAUUGGAGGCUUUAUGGUGCUGUUACUCCCGUUAAAGAUCAAUCUGUUUGUGGCUCUUGUUGGAGUUUUGGUACAACUGGUGCUAUAGAAGGUGCAUAUUAUUUGAAGCAUGGCAAAUUAGUACGUUUGUCUCAACAGGCUCUUAUCGAUUGUUCAUGGGGCUUUGGAAAUAAUGGCUGUGAUGGCGGUGAAGAUUUCCGAUCAUAUCAGUGGAUGAUGAAACAUGGAGGUCUGCCUACUGAAGAUGAUUAUGGUGGUUAUCUUGGCCAGGAUGGUUAUUGUCACAUAAAUAAUGUUACAAUGACAGCCAAGAUUACGGGUUUCGUAAACGUUACCUCGGACGAUCCUAAUGCUUUAAAGCUUGCAAUCGCGAAACAUGGUCCUGUUUCAGUUGCAAUCGAUGCUUCUCAUAAAACAUUCUCAUUCUAUUCUCAUGGUGUAUAUUAUGAUCCAGCUUGUGGCAACACGGAGGAAUCAUUAGACCACGCUGUCUUGGCUGUCGGUUAUGGCAAACUAAAUGGAAAGGAUUACUGGUUGAUCAAGAAUUCGUGGUCUAACUAUUGGGGCAACGAUGGCUAUAUACUUAUCUCCCAGGAAAAGGACGAUUGUGGAGUAUUGUUAACUCCAACAUAUGUCACUAUGUGAGAGUGAACAAAUUAUUUUAUUUAAUAUCUACACAUAUUAGAGGAGGCUCUAGAGUUUACAGUUGUAUAUUUUUUUAAAAAAGAAA